AUGGCCACAGAGCAGUGGUUCGCGGGGCCGCUACCCCGGGGCCCCGGAGAAACACCACCCCCCGAGGACUUGGAGCCCGGAGCGCGGCCCUGCGGAGGCCCCUCGUGGUCCAUGUCCCCUGGCGGGCCUGCGGACCCUGCGGAGCUGGCGAUGGAGCCAGAGGACGUUCAGGGGCCGGUGUCUGAGGCCCCUGCCUCCACGUCCUCCCCCGAGCCCCUAAUUCCGGGCCCAGGCCCGGCCCCCGCUCGCCUACCUCUGGAAACCAUGUUGAGCCCGGUCACUGAACAGCUCCGCUACCUGCUGAAGAAGGCCGAUGACUUCCAGAGCUACCUGCUCUACAGCAGGGAUCGCGUGCAGAAGGAACAACUGGCAAAGGCCAUGCCCACCUUCUUAAAGAUGUGUGAGCCUUACUUCCUGUACCUGGAGGCCGCUGCCCGGAGUGCGCCCCCUAUCUACGGAGCCCUGCAGGAGCUCGUUCGAAAAGGGCUGUUGGAGAUCUCCCAGCAGCUGACCCUGCGCCUAGAACAGCUGGUCCUCAUGUAUGCUUCCUUCGGGUACGUGGACCUGGAGGAGACGGAGCCCCUGAGCAUAUCCUGUUUCUUCUGCGGGAGUUUUUCCCUCGGCCCUUCCCAUGAGGUAUCCAUCUUCAGAUACUGUGCCCCAGCUGCCUAUACCGCCAGUCGAUACCCCCGCUAUCUCUACAAGAAGAUGCGCUGGAACCUGGAGACCACCCCAGAGCCCAGUAGCCGGGGGCAAGAUGCCCAUGUGGAUUACUACUUCCUGUGCUAUCGAGACACUUGGGAAGACACUGGCAAGAGUCCCGCCAACUCCUGCGUCCAGAUCCAGAAGCUGUGGUCCAUUGGCCGAUGGGUACCCCUAGGACCAGUGGAGGAUGACCUUUAUUCAUGGAUUUUGUGCCCGCAGCCUCCGGGGGACUACCAGCAGCUGCUGACCAUCGGCUUCGAGGAGCCGUCGCAUGUGUUGGCCACUGACCUGCUAGUGCAGAUCCUCACCGGCCAGGCAGGCACCGCCCGGCCUCCGAGCGCUGCCGGGCCCUCUGCGUGGGCCGCGCAGGGAUCUUGA